GUCACGGUGCACUUCAUCGGAUCCCUAGAGGAUGGGACCGUCUUCGAUGACACUCGUGCGCGACAUGAGCCGUACACAUUCCGAGUCGGCUUGGGCUUUGUCAUCGGCGGCUGGGACAAAGGUAUCCCGACCAUGAUGAAGGGUGAGAGAUCGCUCUUUCUUAUGGACUCGUCUGUGGCUUAUGGAGCACAGGGAGCCGGAUGGAAGAUACCACCAAACGCGACGGUGCGGUUUGACAUUGAGCUUUUGGGUUGGGAAGAGAUCGAUGACAUGGGCCCAGAUGAUGUAGAGCCGGAGUGGGAGGCUCCACUUGUCGGGCGGGACGACGUGGGGGAGGGUGGAAAGGGUCCAAAUGGGAAGUAUACAUGGGAAAGGAAUGGCUUAGAGGUCGUGGUUAAGGCGCAGAUCCCGGACGACACUGUGCCGAAAGACAUCAAGGCGGAGUUCUUCCCGAAAAGGAUCUUCGUCUCUGUAAAGGGGGAAACACUUCUGACCGGCACACCUGGCCUCGACCUGGACUGGGAGGAGUGCUACUGGGAUAUGAGCAGGGAGGAGGAGAUCCAGGAUGACCCGCAAGCCAAGCUCUGGUUGCUGAUUCAUCUGCACAAGAAGGAUGCAGAGAAGGUGCGCUGGCCAGACUUCCUACUGCUUGAUGAGCUCGAGAGUUGA